AUGACUGCCGGAACUAGCGACUCAGGCACACAAACACCCUCCCCGCCCAUGGGGCAACCGAUCCUCGAUGGCGCCCAGUCGCCCUACACGUUCCCAACCGAGAAACUGAAGCGCCAACUGGUGCAGCCGGGCAAGACACCCCUGGUGCUGGUUGCAUGUGGUUCAUUUUCUCCCAUCACUUAUCUGCACCUCCGCAUGUUCGAGAUGGCGAGCGAUUUUGUCCGCUUCAAUACCGACUUCGAGGUUUGCGCCGGAUAUUUGUCACCGGUCAGCGACGCUUACAAGAAGGUGGGGCUAGCCCCGGGCUCCCACCGGGUCAACAUGUGCGGUCGGGCGGUUGAGCAAUCGCCCUGGCUCAUGGUCGACCCCUUCGAAACGGUGAAUAGCGACGAGAAUGGCGAGCCGCAAUACGUCCCAACGGCCAAGGUCUUGCGUCACUUCGACCACGAGAUCAACACCGUGCUUGGAGGCAUCGAGGGCACUGAUGGGCAGAUGAAGAAGGCCCGGAUUGCGCUCCUGGCUGGCGCCGACUUGGUCAUGUCCAUGGGGGAGCCCGGACUCUGGGCACCAAAGGACUUGGCCACCAUUCUCGGCUCGUACGGCGCGUUCAUCAUUGAGCGCUCGGGGACCGAUAUCGACGAAGCCCUGGCCUCGCUUAGGCAGUAUGAGGACAACAUCUGGGUGAUCAGCCAAGUCAUCCAGAACGAUAUCAGCUCCACGAAGGUCCGCCUGUUCUUGAAGAAGGAUCUCAGUGUCCGGUACCUGAUUCCGGACCCUGUUGUUGAUUACAUCAACGAGCACGGGCUGUUCGAGUCCAACUCAGCCAUGUCCCGGAGCCGGACACCAGAUGUUGGCCCUGAGCCUUCAAACUCGAAGCCUAUCAAGGGCUGA